AUGGCAAGCGAGGAACAAAAAGCACUAGCACUUUUUAUAAAGGAAGUUCAUUCGGCACUUAGAAGAACAUCAUUACACAUUGGACCCAAUAAAGCAUGGCUAGAACAUGUGAAAAAUACGGAUGUCCUAGAAAAUUAUGCAGCCUGCAUGAAUAAAUUGGCAACAACUUACUGGGAUGCAAACAGCGCAAAGGAUUGUAAUGACGUGGUUUCACGAAUCGAGUGGUCUGCGGCAUUUUGUCUAGACUAUUUCGUAAACAAAUUAUAUUUAAAAUAUAGAGAGAAGGAUAUUCAAAUUGGCAGCAAAAUACUUUGUAUAAGUGUAGACACAAAAGAAAAUUUUGGCACUCCAAUUCAAUUAAUUGACGUAGGAAGCUGUUAUAAUCCAUUUAAAAUAUUUGAUUUUUUAAGUGUUUUCCCCAUAGAUUUAUGUCCUGCUAAUGAUGGUGUAUUUCAAUGUGAUAUUUUGAGUGUAAAUCUAGGUUCAAAGACAGAAUUAGAUGGAACUAAAGUUGUCCAGUUACAAGUUUCUUCAUUCGAUGUUGUGACAUUUUGUUUUGUAUUAGAAUAUAUUCCAGACUCAAAAUUACGAAUUGAGGCAUGUGUGAAAGCUUAUGAUUUAUUGAAACCUGGAGGGUUACUUAUCAUUAAUACACCUGACUCUAAACAUGUUGGUGCAAAUUUUAAAAUAAUGAAGUGUUGGCGAUACACAUUAGCACACAUUGGAUUUUCAAGAAUAAAGUAUGAAAAAUUUAAGCAUAUGCAUUGUAUGGCGUUUAGGAAAUCUAUACACAAAGAUAUUGCAGUUAGAUGGGCUAAAUUACAUAAAGAACCAUACAUGGAAUACACUAUGAAUAUACCUCAAGAUUUCUGUCAUACAAGUGAUAUUAAAAACUUCUUAUCAACAAAAACAGUUACAACUUUUGAUGAUUUAAAAGAAUUGCCAUUUUGUGAUGAUAUAGUUGGUUAA